AUGACUCUCAUCUUUCUUGUCCCUCUUCUUCUUUUUCUUUUCCGGCACCUCCUUUCACGGUGGUUUAGACGACGGAAACCAUACCCUCCCGGUCCCAGAGGCUUACCCAUCAUCGGCAAUAUUCUCAUGAUGAGCCACUUGAACCACCGUGGCUUGGCCAAGCUCAGCCGCACAUACGGCGGAUUACUUCACCUCCGCCUCGGAUUUUCCCAUAUUUUCGUCGUUUCUUCUCCUCAAAUCGCACGUCAAGUCCUCCAAGUUCAAGACCACGUUUUCUCAAACCGUCCCACCACAAUCGCCAUCCGUUACUUGACCUACGGGCAAUCUGACCUCGCAUUCUGCAACUACGGCCCGUUUUGGCGUCGGAUGAGGAAACUCUACGUGAUGAUGCUCUUUAGCCGUAAACGAGCCGAGUCGUGGGCUUCUGUCGAUGAAGAGGUCCACAAAGCGGUCCGUUUUGUGGUGGCCAACGUCGGAAGACCAUUAAACGUAUGCAAACUCGCAUUUUCCCUAACGAGAGAUAUAACGUUCCGAGCAGCGUUUGGUUCCUCUUCGUCCACUUCUGAUGAAGCCCGACUUGACGAGUUCCUUGGGAUCAUACAAGAGUUCUCUAAGCUCUUUGGUGAGAUUAAUGUAGCGGAUUAUGCCCCAUCGUGGCUUAGUUGGAUCGACCCGCAGGGAAUAAACGGGCGGGUCGAGAAAGCUCGAAAGUCUCUCGAUGGUUUCAUUGAAUCCAUCAUCAACGAUCACUUGCACAAGAAGAAGAGAGAUCAGUGUGACAAGAAGAAGAGAGAUCAUAACACUGACGAGGAGGAGGAGACUGAUAUGGUUGACCAAUUACUUAUGUUUUACAAAGAAGAAGUCAAAGUCAAGGACUCGGAGACCAAAAUUAAUCUUGAUAACAUUAAAGGCAUCAUCAUGGAUGUGAUGUUUGGAGGAACCGAGACGGUGGCAUUAGCAAUCGAGUGGGUCCUAACGGAGCUGCUCCGGAGCCCGGAGAACAUGAAACGGGUCCAGGACGAGCUAGCGAGUGUGGUCGGGUUUGAUAAUUGGCGCGUGGAGGACACGCACCUCGAGAAGCUCACUUUCCUAAAAUGUAUCCUCAAGGAGACUCUCCGGCUCCACCCGCCGUUCCCUCUCCUCCUCCACGAGACGGUGGAGGACGCCGAGGUCUCCGGUUACUAUAUCCCCAAGGGAUCGCGCGUGAUGGUCAACACCUUCGCUCUCGGGCGUGACCCGGAUUCUUGGUCCGACCCGGAAAUUUUCAACCCGGAAAGGUUUUUGGACCCGGGUGCUCCGGAUCUGAAGGGGAACGAUUUCGAAUUCAUUCCGUUCGGGUCGGGUCGGAGAUCGUGCCCGGGUAUGCAACUCGGGUUGUACGCGUUUGAGCUUGCGGUGGCUCAUCUACUACACUGCUUCACAUGGAGAUUACCGGACGGCGUGAAACCCGGUGACGUAGACACCAUUGAAGGACCGGGUCUCACCGUUCCCAAGGCGGAUCCUCUGGUGGCGGUGCCGACCACGCGCCUCCUGUGCCACAUCAUCUCAUAA